GGUCAAACCCUCCCGACGAUGGAGAGACUUCAGAUUCGAAAGGAAGACUCAAGGGAAUUCGAGUUAUGAGCCGCAAGAGAGACAAGCCCUACCCUUACCGCCACACACCGGCGCGAAUUUCGAAACGCCGGCGACCGUGGGCACCUCCGUCAUCGGAAUUCGAUGAGAUCAUCGACAAGCCGACCAUAAAACCUCCGCCGCCACCGUCGCUGGUCGUUAUCGGACUUCCCGCCAACUGUUCAGUCCUGGAGCUGAAAUCCCGAUUCGAGAUCUACGGCUCAAUCUCCAGAAUCCGAAUCGACAAAGACGGAUUCGGCUCCGUUUCGUAUCGCACCACCGAGUCAGCAGAAGCCGCCAUUGCCGGUAGUCACGAGCCUUCUUUCGGUAUUUCGAUCGAUUCCAAAAAGUUGCAGGUUGUUUGGGCGACGGAUCCAUUGGUAAAGUGGAGGGAAGGUGUGACGACGGUAGGGGAAGGAAAGGAUAAAACGUUGCCGUCGUUGUCGUCUUCUUCCUCGAGGCUUCUCCGACCUGUGUUGCCGUUAAGAAAACAUGGAAGAAGCAGUAGGCUUGCGUCGGCUAUUGUCAACCCGAGAAGCAGUAAUGCCGACGGAGACGGAAAUUCGAGCUUGAAAUCCAUAAACCUUGUCAUAAUUUCAAUUAAAGUCAGCCAAAUUAUAAGUCCGGUGGAAAGCAGACUACACGUUCGGGUUGAUUUUGUAGGCAGUUCAAUUACAUAUAUCGUUUUAAACCAACAAGACAAGCAAGUAAAAGUCAACGUCAGCUUCACCUUGGACAACUCAGCGACUAGGCGGAGGAUUAUGGAGGUAGCUGAUGAAGAAGAAGAACAAAUAUGGAGCUGGGGCGCUGGUACGGACGGCCAAUUGGGAACGGCCAAGCUACAAGACGAGCAUCUCCCACAGCUUCUCUCGCUGACGUCACUUCCUUCCAUAUCAAUGCUCGCCUGUGGCGGUGCUCACGUCAUCGCCUUGACUUCUGUUGGUAAGGUGUUGACAUGGGGAAGAGGAAACUCUGGUCAAUUAGGACAUGGGGACAUCCUCAACACUUCUUUGCCAAAACCAGUAUCUUUCUUUGACGACUAUGUUAUAACUCAAGCUUCAGCUGGAUGGAGUCACUCUGGUUUUGUUUCAGAUUCCGGUUGUCUUUUUACAUGCGGCAAUGGCUCGUUUGGUCAGCUUGGUCACGGUGAUAACAUGUCACAAACCUCUCCAGCUAAAGUCUCUUACUUUGUUGAUAAAAGAGUGAAGAUGGUAGCUUGUGGUAUGCGCCACUCACUUGUCUUGCUCGCAGGGAAUCAAGUGUGCGGAUUCGGAUCUGGAAAGCGCGGACAGUUAGGUGUCUCAUCAGACAGAACAAAGUCAGUGAAUCUUCCAUGUAUUGUCUCUGGAUUAGGUGAAGUCGGAGUUGUUCGUAUAUCAGCUAAUGGAGAUCAUAGUGCAGCUAUAUCAGCUAAAGGAGAGUUGUUCAGUUGGGGAAGAGGAUUCUGCGGCGGCCCUGAUGUUCAAACCCCUCAGUGUUUGCCUUCAUCUCUGUCUUUCAGAGAAGUUACUUUAGGAUGGAAUCAUGCGUUGUUACUAACCGUCGAUGGCGAAGUGUUCAAGCUUGGUAACACCCUUGAUGAACAAUCCGAGAAGCAAGUAGAUUCCUCAGAAGCUCUGUUAGAGAAUGUCCCGGAUUUUGAUGGAGUUAAAGUUCUGCAAAUCGCAGCAGGAGCAGAGCAUUCUGCUGCUGUAACAGAGAGUGGAGAAGUGAAGACAUGGGGAUGGGGUGAACAUGGUCAGCUAGGUCUUGGAAACACUGAUGAUCAGACUAAUCCUCAACCGGUGAGCCUAGGAAGUAUAGACCUGGGAACGAAGGAGAUCAAUGUGUAUUGCGGAAGUGGAUUUACAUAUGUGGUAAGGCGAAAACAACAGCUUUCUUCUUCACCAACCUCAUCA